AUGUCCAAUCCGUACCAGCUGCAGCAGCAGCAGCAACAGCAACAAGCCAUGGCCUCGGGCAGCAACUCGCCGCUCGCCACUCCUCUUCCUAUCAAGCGAGGUCGUGGACGUCCACCAAAGAAUCGCGACCCCAACGCCACCCCGACUCGGCCCGCUCCACCUCCGCCACCCAAGCCCACCCCGCAGCCGCGCACAUCCCACAUCACCUCGCCGCGUCUCCGUGCAGCCCAGCCCACCGCCUACUCGUCCGCUGCCUCGCCCUUCCAGCCGCCACCACCCACCGGCUACCCGUCGCAUUCCUUAGGUCCAGGCAUUCCGGAGCAGUCCAACACGUUCUACAACCCCAUCCCUACCGCCAUCCACUCGUCUCCCGUGCCUGGUGCCGCCAACGUGCCUUCGUUCCCACCGAUACCGCCAUUCCAGCGCCAACAAGAGAUCCAACAGCAGCAGUCCCAGCUCUCUGUCCGUGAUGCACAACAUGCCCGCGCCUCUGGCAGCCAAUACUCGAGCAACGGUGCUGCCGCCGCCGAUGAUGCUCCCACAUCGACGGCAGAGCCAACCAUCAUGACCGCAGCUGGCGGCUCGAUCGGCGCAGGCCUGGGUCAGGCGGUCGGCAACGCCGGCGCGUCUCCCGCCAGCCGCACACGGCGCAAGGCCGAUGCCAACGAGCCCGAGCUCAAGCUGCCCGACUCGCACGAUCUCGGCUGGAUGAACGAGCCCGCGGAUGCAGACGAGGCGCAACACGUCUACUCGACCGUGCUCGACUGCCUUCGCGGCCAUAUCGACCCCACCGGCCGCAGGCUCGCCGACUCGCUCGAAGACUGCCCCGAUCCAGAGGCGGAUCCAGAGUACUACGAAAAGGUGGAGAAGCCGACGUCGCUCUCGGCCAUCUCGCAACGCAUCCGCGAGCGCGAGUAUCCCAAGGCCACCGACUUUGAGAUGGACGUGUUGCAGCUCUUUGAAAACGCCCGCAGACUCCAUCCCAUCGGCAGUCAGCCCUACGCAGACGCCGUCGUUCUCCAACGCUACUACCACGAGCUCACCAAGGCGCGGCCAACCAAGCGCGAGCCCAUCAUCGCCAAGCACGUGCUCGCCGCCGCCGCCCAAGCAGACGCCAGCAGGCACUUCUCCUCCAUCCCGCAUGGCCCGCUCUACGCAAGCGCCGGCUCGCACGGCGAUCUCACCACCCGCAUCAGCAGCAAGUCCAAGACGUACUACGAGCAUCUCAACCUCAAAGGCAAGGCAUUCCGCGUCGGCGACUGGAUCCAUCUCAUCAACCCGUCGGAUCCCACCAAGCCCAUCGUCGCGCAGAUCUUCAAGGUGUUACGGCGCGAAGACGACGAUCCCGACCAGGGCUGGGUCACCGUAUGCUGGUACUACCGCCCCGAGCAGACGUUCCAUCCUGCGUCCAAGCGCUUCUUCAAGGACGAGGUGGUCAAGACGGGCUACUUUGCGGACCACCACAUCGAGGACAUCCUCGAGAAGAUCAUGGUCAUGUUCUACACAAAGUACAUCCGCGGUCGGCCCAAGCCCGAGUACUGGGAUCCGCGCAGCCCGCUCUACGUCACCGAGUCGCGCUACAACGAGCAGCAGCGCGUCUUCCACAAGAUCAAGAGCUGGGCGAGCUGCGUGCCCGAGGAGAUCCGAAAGGUGGAGACGCCCAUGAACUUUUUCGACAAGGCCAUCGCGCCGCCCGCCAAGGAGGAGUCGCCCUUCCUGCGCGGCGUGCAGGGCCCCGGUGCGCUGCGCGACGAGGAUGCGUCGAGCGGCGAGGGCGCCGAAUUCCCCGACCUCUUCAAGGACGCUCUCGACGAUUUCCGGCCGAAAAAGAAGGGCCGCGCACCCGAUGGCUCCGAGGCCGAAGCAGCCGGCGACGCCUUCACCAGGCUCGCGUCGCUCGUGGCGGCGCGCGUGACUCCCGACCACUACUUCCGCCUGCAGCAGCUGCUCUCGACCCCGCAAGCUGCUACGCUCGACAUGGCGCAGCUCAGCAACGAGCUCGGCGGCGUGGAUGCCGAGCUGCUCUCGGAACUGCGCAAUGCCGCGGUCGCUGCCGGCGUCGCUUCGGCUGGCAUCGAAAAGGUCGCCUCGUCCAACUUUGCCGACAUGGCCAGCGGCGUGCCGGGCCAGCAGGCGGAUGCUAGCGCGCAUGCUCAGCCGCCGACGAUCGGCGUGGUGGAUCUGGUGCGCUCGCAGCGCGGCGAAGGAUUCUACGCCUCGCUGCCGCCCGAGACGCGCGGCAUGUUUGCGGAUCAACCGGGUGGCCAGGUCUCUUGGUACGCGGCUGCGCCGUUAGACCUGCCGUUGCAGAACGACCUGCACAAGAACGGAUUCUACGCGCCGCAGCAGGCGCAUUUGCGACACCAUACGCUCGACUACCUCUACCACCAGGCGGGCACGUGCGUCGAGAGGGAUGCCGAGGCGCAGGCGCGCAACGGCGGUCGCGGCGCCAUGGCGCAGCCGCUGCAGCCGAGCGCUUCGGCCAACGGCAGUGCGACGCCGCGCGCCUUGGUGGCCGGCUCGUCGCCGUACGUGGCGCACGCCUCGGGCAUGUACGACUUUCUCGCUCCCAGCGCACGCAACUCGCCCAUGAUGCGGCCUGGCUUCCCCGGCACCGUCGGACUGGCCAGCGGCGCCACGGUGGGUGCAGGAGGGAAUAUGCCUGCGGCUAGCAGCAACGGCAGCACCGAUGAGGCACUUACGCCAGUCAUGAGCCAGAACACCGGCUGGUACGGCACCAACGAGUGGGGCGAAGACCCGCAGAAGACCGCGGAGGCACUCGCCGAGUUUUCGAGCCAGUACGGCUCCGAUGCAGGCCAGCUCAACUUUUCCCAGUAUCUCUCGUAG